AUGUCUCCAGACUCAGCAAUGACUUUGGAACAGAGGACAAUUCUUUUGAAACUAGAACUUUUGAAUCAGAAUGUUACUGAAAGAUUUUUUGAGAUUGGGACUGUUAUAAAGAACACUAUUAAGGAACUUAAAGAACUUAAAGGAAUAACUACAGAGCGAUCCUCAGGGAUUUUAUCGGAAGUGGAAAAGAUGCAACUCCAAAAAGAAGGAAAACCCAGUCGACGAGGAGAUGGUGGCGGAGAAAGAGGGCUCCGGCCCCCAGAAAGACAGACCCCCACAACUGCAGGAGCCGCUGAGGCAUGCCAAAAGAAGCAAGAAGCAGGUCAGCGAUGGAUUCACCGUCAAAGCCAUGAUGAAAAACACCGUGGUGAAAGGUCCCCAGCGGCAGGAGCAUUUAAAGAAAGACACAAGCCUACAGCAUUUCGCAAGUUUUAUGAGCGAGGUGACUUCCCAAGCCUUGAGCACGAUACAAGAGGAAACAAAAUAGCCUGGAAGGUGGAGAUAGAGAAGCUGGACUAUCAUCACUAUCUGCCACUGUUUUUCGAUGGUCUAUGUGAAAUGCAAUUUCCCUAUGAGUUUUUUGCUCGGCAAGGCAUCCAUGACAUGCUGGAGCAUGGAGGGAACAAGAUCCUUCCUGUCAUUCCUCAGCUCAUUAUCCCAAUAAAAAAUGCGCUGAACCUUCGAAACCGACAGGUCAUCUGCAUCACGCUCAAAGUUCUCCAGCACCUGGUUGUGUCAGCUGACAUGGUGGGGGAAGCCUUAGUGCCCUAUUAUCGACAAAUUCUCCCCAUUUUAAACAUCUUUAAGAAUAUGAAUGUUAAUUCGGGAGAUGGCAUUGACUACAGUCAGCAGAAGCGUGAAAAUAUCGGAGACUUGAUUCAAGAGACACUGGAAGCCUUUGAGCGCUACGGUGGUGAAGAUGCUUAUAUAAACAUUAAAUAUAUGGUUCCAACUUACCAAUCAUGCCUGUUAAACUAACAAACAGAAAGAGUGAGGCUAUUUACAUUCUCCAGCUCUGUCAAAUGUUCUGUUCCUCAUUCUUUCCCUGCAUCUACUAAAACAGCAGCUUCUGGACCUUUAGACUGUGUGGUACUAUUGUGAACCAGUCUUUCCAAUACAUAAAUAGUGCCUGUUUCUUUGAUUA